AUGCAAAUAGCAAAGACGGAGAUUCUUAGACUUUAUAAAAAUCUAAUGUUAUAUUCCAAGUCUCUUAAACUGACAGAUCCAAGUUACUUUAGAAGACGAGUUGCAAUUGAAUUUAGAAACAACAGGUCCCUUACCAAAAUCGAAGAUAUAACAUUUGCAUAUAAAAAGGGACAGGCAUUGCUGCCCUUUAAACAUACAAUAGACUACUCAAAAGUUCCAAAAAUAAAUGAGUGUGAUUUAACUGAAAAUUUUGUUAGAGGCAGUGGUCCAGGAGGUUCUGCUGUCAAUAAAAAUUCAAACUGUGUAGUUCUUACUCACAUACCAUCUGGAACAGUUGUAAAAUGCCAUAUAAGCAGAUGUCAGGACGAAAAUCGGAAAUUAGCUCGGGAAAUGAUAAUUGCCAAACUAGAUGAAGACUUAAAUGGCGAUAAUAGUGUAGCAGCUCAAAAGAAAAGAUUACAAGAAAAGAAGUACAAAAAAUCUGAGUAUAAAAAACAGAAAAUGGCAAAACUGAAAAGUGAAUGGAAGAAGAGGGAAGGUUUAGCUUGA